AAUUUUUCUAUUAGAGUAUAAGUGCAAAUUUUAGGGAAAAUACAACUGGAAAAAAUUACAGGAACCGCAGCAGAGGUAGCAAGGACAUCAGCAGCGCACAGACAUACCGAUACGACGAUAGACAAAACAUUUAUUGGUUGUUAAGGGUGUGGGUGGCACAAAAAACACCACUAGUAUUGGCAAUUAACGAAGAACACUUUUGGAGAAGGGGUCACAUUUAAAUAGAAGUAGAAAGUAAUGAAAACAAACAACAGCUAAGUAACGCCACCUUAAGUCAAGUGUUUAAUAAAAAUAAUUGGAUCUUUGACAAAGAAAUAAAAACAUUUCUGCUAAACUCGAAAAUAUAAAACUUGUGAGCCGUCAUAAAAUAGGUAUAUUUUUUGGCACUAAAGUUAAACAAUUCCAUAAAUUUAGUUUAGCCUGACUAUAAUAGCAGAGGGUUGGAGAAGUUACAACAAAUGUUAUAAAGUUUAUUUGACGACCUUAAACUUUGUUUUUCCUGAAUAUCAAUAAUACCGUGGAGGAUUUCAAUUUGUAAUUCUGCCAGAAUGAGAAUACAUUUUCGUGAACAGUAUGGCACCAGAGGUGAAGAAAUACUUUAUGUUACACCAGCCGAACAAAAAUCAAUUGUCCGCGUACCACUGAGGAGUGAUAACAAAGCGGUUAUACAUGAAAAAUUCUUUCUAUACCGUUUAUUCCAGCAAAUAUUCCUGCCCAAAGGUUAUCCGGACAGUGUGAGUGACGACUAUGCUGCCUAUCAAAUAUGGGAUACGGUGCAGGCAUUUUGUAGUACUAUAUGUGGUACACUUUGUACACAUGCUAUUCUAAAGGGACUUGGAGUUGGCAACGAAAACAUAAAUGCCUACUCAGCUACUGUCACAUGGAUUUUAAAAGAAGGCAGUGGACAUUUAGGGCGUAUACUGUUCUCUUGGUGGAAGGGUGCCCAAUUAGAUAUAGAUAGUAAAAAGUGGCGUUUAAGAGCAGAUUUUCUUAAUGAUUUAGCAAUGGGUAUAGAAAUUUAUGUGCUUCCCAAGUACGUUCAUUUGGGCACACAAAUUUUAUGUGGCACAACAGUUUUAAAAGCAAUAGUAGGUGUAGCAGGUGGAGCAACUAGAGCAGCUUUAACCCAACACCAGGCUGUACGUGGUAAUCUGGCCGAUGUCAGUUCAAAAGACAGUUCGCAAGAAACUUGUGUAAAUCUGAUAGCUUCAUUUUUGGGUUUAUAUUUGUUGACUGUGAUCAAGACACCAGGUGUACUUUAUGGUGUUUUUUCCGUGGUCAUCUUAUUACAUUUGUAUGCAAAUUUAAAAGCCAUUAAAUCCAUUUGUUUAAGAACUUUCAACGAAUCUCGUUAUUUGAUAGCUUUAGAAGAGUUCUUUAGAUCUGGGCGAAUGCUAACGCCACAACAAGUGAACAAAUUAGAAAGAGUUACAUUGGGCCAAACUGUAUCCGUAUCGCUAAACAUACGUUUGGGUUUAUCCAUUAAAAACUUGAUAGACGAAUAUCAACAGAGUCAUAUUAUUGAUAAUAUCGUUUCGUCGUUUGAUCCGCAUGAACAUUUUAUCAUUGCUGAAAGUAAAAAGUUUCUGGGUGUUUAUUUCCACUUCGAAUCAAUGCCUCAGGAUGUUUUGAAGGCAUAUUUCUUUGCCGUAUCCUAUUUACAAGAUCGCAAUCAAAUUAAGGAAAAAUACUGGGAUGUACAAAGUAAAUGGCAGGAGUUUUAUAAUUUGGCACAACAAGAAGGUUGGGUGACCGCGCAACAUUUGCUAAUGGUAGACGAAUAUCGUUUGAAUUGGAACGCUUAGAGCUAUCAUGAGUACUAAUAGUAAGUAUUUCAUUUACCAAACAACUAAAAUUGAUUUUAAGUAUAAAACAAAAUGAUUUUAUUUAUAAUAACAUGAAACAACAGUUUUUUUAGCAUAGAAUUAUAUAAUUUAUAAAUGUACUUUGCUUAAAGACUAUUUAUUGAUCUGUUCCAGUACUUGACAGAUUUAAAGGUUUUAGUCAGAUAUAGAAGAAAUUAAACAAUAAAUUGAUAUUUUGAGUACGGGAACGAUAUUCUGUAAAACCUGCAAAUCCGGCAAGUACUAUAACAUAAAUUAUAUCGAUAUUAUUAAAAAAAUAGUUCUUUAGUUUUUAGUUUAUAGCUGAAUUUAUUAUUAACAUUUAAUAAUAUUUCCCCCCGCAUUUUAGAAUUUGUGAAAAUAAAGGAAAUAUUUGUAUUUAUUUAGUACCCUUGACGUAGGC